AUGAAAGCCCUCUAUUGGAAUAUUAGAGGGAUAAAGAAGGCUGCCGCCAGGUUAGCUUUGAGGAAUAUUUUAAAGGAAAAAAGGCUUGAUUUCCUUUGCAUCGCCGAACUUAUGAUUCCCUCUGAUGCCUUUCCUAUGUUGUUCUUCAACAAGUUGGGUUUCGACCCUGAUUUCAUCCAUAACAAGCGAGUAGGCGGCGUCUCAAAUCUAUGGCUGAUUUGGCGAAGAGGUGUAGCAAAGCCUGUUAUGCUAUCAUCUUCUGAACAGAAAAUCUCUAUCUCUGUGCAAUGGGCUCAGGAAAUUUUCAUGUUAUCAGUAGUGCAUGCAAAAUGCCUAAGAGCUACUAGAAGAGAAUUGUGGACUGACUUGGUGGCAACCCAUCCUGGGUCGAAUAUUCCUUGGAUGAUUUUUGGCGACUUCAAUGCCACCCUUCUCUCCACUGAAAAAAGGGGGCUGGGAAUUUUCAACUUAGGGUCAGCGGGCGAUUUUGGCGCAAUGGUGGAUAAAUGCUCACUAAUCCAAGUACCUUCGCAGGGAAGGAAAUUCACCUGGACUAAUAACAGGAGAAGGGGCCAUAUGUCAGCAGUGCUCGAUCGAAGCUUUUGCAAUGAUGCUUGGAUUUCUUUUUUUCAAGAAUGUCACCAAUUCGUCUUGCAGAGAGUGGCGUCAAACCAUGCCCCCAUUCUGGUGGUGUCUGAAGGUUCUGAAAGACCAAAAAACUGUCCUUUUUUAUUCCAGAGGUUCUGGACAAAACACGAGGGCUUUCUAAAUGCAGUGAAGACCUCCUGGGAGAACGACAUUUUUGGAUCGCCAAUGCUAGUUAUGGCUCAAAAAUUAAAAAGAUUGAAGGCCUUCCUGCGCUCCUGGGCAAAAGGAAACUUUCUAAAUUUUAAUUUGGAGAUGAUGGAGGCAAAAAAAUGCGUGGAGGAGAUCCAGACCGAAAUUGACAGAGAUGGGAUAAGCGACUCAAUUUAUGCCAAAGAAGUUGAUGCAAAGACCAGAUACCUGAAGGCCAUGCAAAAUUAUGAGAAAUUGUGGGCUGAAAAAUCUUGUUCUAGAUGGAGGGAUCAAGGAGAUAGAUGCUCAAAACUUUUUCACAUCUCAGUGAAGAUGCGACGAAUGAAGAACUCCAUUAAAUCUCUAAAGAUGAAUGAUGGGACCCUAAUCUCUGAUAAAGCGCAGAUCGAGGAAUACGUCAUGGGAUAUUAUGAGCAUUUUCACAAAGGCGUUCCCCUGACCAAUCACAUGGAUUUAUUGCAAUGCAUUCAAAAUGUUUUGGAAGAAUGGGAUAGAGGUCGAUUAGAUGGUAUUCCCUCUGACACUGAGAUCAAGGGUGCAGAGUAG